UUGAUUAAAAACCCUGACCACUGAACAAACGGCGAACAUAACGUAGGUUAAAAUGUUGAUCCGCUGCGCCCGCACAACCUUCGCCGCCGUUCGGCAUUUCUCCGCGGAAGCGACUGCUGCGGCGGCGAAGCCAGCAUCGACGGGCGUCGUAACCAGCACCGCCAAGACCUCCGGUGGCCGAGACACACUGGGCCGACGACUUCUAAGCCUCAUUUACACAAAACGCAGCGCCGUUAUCACUAUAAGGAAAUGGAAAGAAGAAGGGCGUGUAGUCCGCAAGUACGAACUCAAUCGCAUCGUCCGAGAGCUCCGAAAAUUCAGGCGUUACAAGCACGCCCUUGAGAUAUGUGAAUGGAUGAGAAUACAAGAUGAUAUCAAGCUAUUACCGGGAGAUUAUGCAGUCCAUUUGGACUUGAUUGCAAAAGUUCGUGGCUUAAACAGUGCGGAAAAGUUUUUUGAAGAUCUCCCGGAUAAAAUGAGAGGCCAGCCUACCUGUACUGCCCUACUCCACACCUAUGUGCAGCAUAAGGUGUCCUCUAAAGCAGAGACUCUAAUGGAUAAAAUGGCAGAAUGUGGGUUUUUGAAGUAUCCCCUUCCUUACAACCACAUGUUGUCUCUGUACAUCUCGACUGGGCAACUCGAGAAAGUUCCGGAAGUAAUUCAAAAGUUAUUAGCUAACACUUCGCCUGAUGUAGUCACUUAUAAUCUAUGGUUAACUGUGUGUGCCUCUCAGAAUGAUGUUGAAACUGCAGAAAAGGUCUUUCUCGGGCUAAAGAAGGCAAAAUUAGAGCCGGAUUGGGUGACAUAUAGCACAUUAACCAGCUUGUACAUUAAAAAUUCUCUGCUUGAGAAGGCUGCAUCUAGUUUGAAGGAAAUGGAGAAAAGGACUUCUCAGAAAGUUCGAGUUGCUUAUUCCUCUCUCAUUAGCUUGCAUACGAGCAUGGGAAAUAAAGAUGAGGUUGACCGCAUAUGGAAAAAAAUGAAGUCAUCCUUCCGCAAAAUGAAUGAUGCUGAAUAUACUUGCAUGAUGGCUGCCCUCGUAAAACUCCAGAAAUUUGAAGAAGCCGAGAAUCUUUAUACAGAGUGGGAGUCUGUUUCCGGGACUCGUGACUCUAGGGUUCCCAAUUUACUUCUUGCAGCUCACAUCAACAAAAACAAGAUGGAAAUGGCUGAGAAUUUUUACAGUCGGAUGGUUCAAAGAGGCAUCAUCCUUGGAUACACCACAUGGGAGCUGCUUACAUGGGGCUACUUGAAACAGAAGCAGAUGGAUAAAGUUUUAGAUUGUUUCAAGAAAGCUAUUAGCUGUGUGAAGAAAUGGAAUCCUGAUGAAAGGAUAGUGCGAGAAAUCUUCGGGAGCCUUGAAGAACAAGGCAAUGUUGAUGGGGCAGAGCAGUUGCUAGUUACACUUCGGAAUGCUGGCCAUGUGAAUACAGAGAUCUAUAAUUUACUUCUGAGAACAUAUGCAAAAGCUGGCAAAAUGCCACUUUUAGUAACAGAGCGCAUGGAGAAGGACAAGGUCCAGUUGGACGAGGAAACUCGUGAACUUAUUAAAUUAACUAGCAAAAUGUGCAUAAGUGAAGUUUCAAGCUGUCUUUCUUAAGCAGACACUGCAAUGAUUUGUUUUGAGAUAGUACUUGAUUACCAAGAAAGGGCAAAGAAAAAGUAGCGGCCCUUGAGAUAUUAUUUAUGCUUUGGGUCAAGAAAAAGAUGGCUGGUAGAAGAUCUGCUGGACUUCCUACAACUACAAUUUCUGUUAUCAAAAUAAAUCAAGCAGAGAGUCUGGAGGACAACAUUUGUUAUGACCGUGCCUUCCAUUUCAGGGAAACAGCUUGAGCAUGGAGAGCUGAUGGGUGGGAGGCCCUUUUGUUCCAUGGGUAGUUGGGUUGGUGCGAUGGUAUGUUUCAGUAUUUUUUUGUGUAUUUUGAUUUUCAUCAAGUUAUAUUACCUGUUCCUUCACUUCAUGGGUACCUUUUGUUUGGAUUUCUGAAAUAAUGGAUACGCUUGUGAACUCAAUCAAACUAGCACAACUGGUUGUAAAUUAUAAAUUGCCUUUUUGGUGACUGUCAGAAUGAUCAAAUUUCUGGCUUUAAACUUAUUUA